GGCUUGGGUUUAUUUUGGCACACGAAGCGUCCCAGGCUGCAAGGCUUCAAGGCUCGUAUUUGUCUGUUAUCAGUCUAUCCCAAUCACCGCAGCGGCACGCAGUCUGUUAUGCAGGCAUCAGCCAUAAUGCUAAAGCCAUCCUCUCGGCACCAUAAUACACCUUUCCCUUCGACGCUUCCCGCAUUCAUCGACGCAGUUUUAUUGCCGCGAUCCCAAGAUCACCACACAUGAAUACGCCCAUCGAAGCUCAAUCUAUAUCCUCCCUCAAUAACUUGCUAGCAAACCCACCACGCUACCCGAGGAACCCCACUCAUGAAGUCCAUGAAUCGCUUGUGCUCUACAUUGUUCGGGUGCCAGGUAGCAAAGGUGAGAAGAGGAUGGAAUUGUACAAGGGAGGGACAUGCAUUGAAUUCUUGUAGAUGUGUUCCUCACGCCCCUGAAACCGGCGACUAAAGCCUCGAUAAGUAUCGAGGCUGUCCAGUCCAGUCUAUAUUUCCUCCAUGUUGAGAGACCUGAAGACGAGGCGCUGAGAAAAUCACUGGAAGCCGCACAGACUACAGAGACUCGCGGCCAAGAAAUCCCUCCCAUACAGAGGAAACCUCUUCCCCCUACCCCCUACGCGAACUAUCCUGCUUCUCAGAGACCGCCAACUCCACCCAAGAGCUAUCCUCAUUAUCAACCUCCCUUGCCAGAGUCAAAAACUGCGACUCAAGCAGAGCGCUAUGUAGCGCGUGGCACUCAUCUCCGGCUGGCCACUACGGACAACCGGAAUGUUCCGUCUGGCAAGCCUGUCGGCGCCCGAUUAAUGCCUUCAAAGACGCAGGAUUGUGAAGAGAGCCCAUCUCCGAGCCCCAUUGAAAAUGCACAAAUUCAACUUAGAUUGGCCAGGAAGCCAGUUCAACCAGUGCUUCAUACUGAUGCUCAUGGAUACAAUCAGUCAGAUACUGAUCAGGAAUUGCCGAUCAGUGGCGACCUUGACCACUAUUGGCAACAUCCUAGUUCACCGUCCGCAGGGUCUAUACCCGUCAAUGCGCGAACUGGAACGUUGCGCAUUACAGUGAUUCGGCGAGAUCCCGCUUCUGGUAGUCAAUGGAACGUUGGGAGCAUAGUCCAGCAGACCACAGAAGCACCGUUGCGGAAGGUUGACAUUGAGCUCACCUCACCGGGUUAUACCAAGUUCGUGCAGUUAGAAGCUGGUGGAGGUGCUGGGUUCCGCAGAAAGGUCGCCUAUAUGCAAACAUCUAGUGAUGAUGGAUCAUUAUUGACAAGGAGGAGAGGCAGUUCCAUGGAGUCCUAUUCAAACGCUCCCCAAUCAACUGGCCGAAGAUUGAAGCAGGCCUACGCUUUCCUCUCGCCGUGGCAAGGGAUGUGCGCUUUCGGCAAUGGCCUGGAUGGGAAAAGCCUACGAUGUCGGCAUUUACUACCAGGGGCAAAUACAUCCAUGCCAGGUGUAAGUGCAGAUGUUGCAGAACUACGCUUCAAUCUACCGUGGGCAUCACUUCGGUUGAAGGACCCGAACAAGAAACAGGCCAAUCAUAUGUCGGACUUGUCUCACGACACGUCUAUAUCACGUCCGGAAACUUCCUCCAAUAGAGAACAGUGGAGGCGAAGCUUCCAAACCUUGACGCACAGAGCGCGAAAACAGCUCUCGAUCAGCGACAACACCGGCUCCAUGGAGGACCCAGCACAGCUCGACAAGCCGGGUGACCAGAUUCGGAUGAGCCUUGAUCUUGGACGGGAGAAGGCUGGAGGUGGAUUCAAAGGCCACAGUGCCAAGCUAGGCAAGCUCAUCAUCAAUGACGAGGGUUUGAAGAUGUGUGACCUGGUAGUGGCAGCUUGUAUGGGUGUCUGGUGGCAGCACUAUGCGGGAGACAUGUCGUCUUAUUGAGCGUCUGUCCAAUUCGUAUCCAUUGGAUAGAUGGGAUAGGUCUCCGUGUUGGCUAGCAAUGAUCAUACUCGGUGACCUUCUUCCCCUGAGCUGUGACUAGUUUCAAUUGAGUAUAUACUUCUAGGUUCCGGAAUGCAUGAAGCCUCC